CGUAUAUUCAGACAAAUGACAGAAAGGCGUUUUUGAAAUUCGUCGUCCAUUGUCUUCCUUUGUAGGAAGCGUCCUUUUAUAUCUUCUCCGCCCUUGCCGAGGUUCCUCUUCCACUUUUGAGCAUGGAAUACUUUGUUCGGCCCUUGAACAAUAAGCGCGAUCUGCCAAAUGAUCUUUCUCUUCCGGCUAUGAUAUGAGGAUUUGCAAUGUUUUAAAGACGUCAGAAAAGUAAAUCGCCUAUUCCUUUCUUUCUUCCCUUAUCCACAUACCCUUACGUUCCCUAAUACUUUCAGCGUUGCUGGUCAGCGGCAGAUACCUCCAGAUACCACACAGGACCUUAUAAUUAUAAACCGUCUUUUUACCGUUAUCAUGCGCGGGGUUCGAAUCUACAAAUGCCAUUAUGAAGGCUGCAGUAAAUCCUUCUCACGCAGAGGAGAUCUUACUCGACAUACUUUAAUCCAUACACAAGACAGGCCUCAUGUUUGCUCUACCUGCGGUAGAGGAUUUUCCCAGGCGUCUGGUCUCAAGACGCAUCAAAAUGUUCAUACGGGAGACAAGCCGCACUCAUGCACGUACGGUUGUGGGAAAGCCUUUGGAGAUCCAUCUUCUUGUUCCCGUCACAUCAAAGAGAUUCACGAGACCAUGAAUCCUUACCGUUGCCCAGGAUCUAGAUGUCGUACUAGCAUCAAGCGCCGCGAGGACAGCAUCCACUUGGCCCAUCGUGGACGGGGAAGGCGUGGUCUUCGUGCAAACUCAAUCUCGCCUUCCUCGCCUUCUUCAUCUGUGACGUCCGACGAAACCGCACCUCUUAUACGUCUUCCCGAAGUGUCCUUGUCGGAAUACACGGCCCAGCCCAUGAUGCCUUCCUACAGUCCUCUGCAAACCUAUUCGAACUAUCUCACCGUUCCCACUUACGACAUUUCAAGUCACCAUUCUCUUUCCCUUAACCCCCAGAUGGUAUACGGCUUGACUCCUUCACGAUCUUCGUCUCAGACGCCUUCCCUUUCAUUUUCUCCGUGUCCCUCUCCCGGCCCGUCUAUAGACGGGUAUCGGACUCCUCCGAUGCCUAGCGUAGGACUCGAUCAUCGUUGUAAAAUGUCCUAUCCCGCCGCUGUUCCUACUGGUGAGGCGGACUAUGGCUUGUAUCAAGUUUUCAAUGCGCAGGACGCCCCUCUUAUCUUCAACGUUGGCACCUGGGAUGUGGCACCUAAGCCGCCUCCUCAGCCACAAGAUUGGAUGAACUUUUACUCAUGAAUUUUGAACGAGCUUUUUUGCAGGAACAGACCUUUCCUUCAUGAACAUUAUAUUUUGUAGCUAUAAUCUAGUUCAUAACGC